CAGGAGCGAAACCGGAAGUUAGAUCUCAACAGGAAGUGGGCUUCGCUGCUGCUCCAGCUUAUAGCAUUUGUUCAGGGCUGCCAUUUUAGCGAGCUUACGCAGCACAGCUACAUUAUGGGGGUCAAAGUGGUGCAGCUCACCUCGAGUUCCCACCAUGAAAACCUUCUGGCUUCGCUGCACGACCUGAAGCUGCAGGAGCACCUCUGUGAUGUCACUGUGCAGGUGGAAGGUAUGGGGGACGUGCAGGAGUUUCGGGCCCACCAGGUCGUUCUGGCCGCCAUCAGUGGAUACUUCAGGAAGGUUCUUCUGACUCCUGGGGCCACGGAGGAGAAACUGCUGCUGUCAAAUAUGCACUGUCACGAUUUCUCCAAGUUCUUAGAUUUUGCCUACACGGGCAAGGUUGAGGUCGUCAGAAAGAAGAUCGGCGACGUUCAGGCAAUGGCACAGUUUCUGGACUGUGAGGGUUUGUCAAACAUUUGCAGUGAGGCUUUGAGUGCUGGAGUUUUACAGAAACCCAGAAGAAAAAGGUGCGCGGCGACAGCUGAAGCUGUAGACGAACUGCAGGAAGCUGACAAACCAGAAGGAGAGGAAGAACUCUCUCCUGGAGAGACAGAAGGCUCCAAAAAACUGCUGAAGAAGAGAAACAGACAGAAGAAUAUAAAAAGGCCGGCGAAAAAGCUGAAAUUGAAGCUGGAUGGACUCAAGGUGAUGCAAAAGUCUUGGUAUUUUUCUUUAAAAGAGGAUAACGAAAACCAAGAUGAAGAUGCAGGGGAGCAAGAGAACAGAACGGAGGAGGAAGAUCAACGGGGGACAGAAGAGCACGACAUGUCCCUGGAGAAAGCUGCUUCGGAUGGAGAUGAUUGGGAAUGUGAGGAGGAUGAGGAAAGUGAGGAUCCUCACGAUCCCUUGUUCUUCUUGGAGGAGGAGGAGGGGAAAGAGGCAGACGAGGGGCAGUCGAAGGAGGAAUUAAAAAAAGCCUCCAAAGCACAGUUCCAGUGUAACAAGUGCCAACGCACCUUCCAUUAUGAGAGGAGUUACCUGAAGCACAUCAGUACGUACCACGGAGUCCAGGCCGACAUCGUCCACCGCUGCGACAUCUGCAUGCAGACCUUUGCCAACCGCAGCAACCUGAAGAUCCACGAAAAGCACGUCCACAGCAACGAGAGGCAGUUCGCCUGCGACUCCUGCUCCAAGACCUUCAAGCGGAAGAAGGACGUCAUCCGCCACCAGAGACAGGUGCACGAGCGGAACCUGCAGCACGUGUGUCCCGACUGCGGGAAGACCCUCAGCUCCAAAGCGGCCUUGCUGCUGCACGAAAGGACGCACACGGGCUCGAGGCCCUACGAGUGCGCCGACUGCGGGGCCAGAUUUACGCAGAACUCGGCCUUGAAGAUGCAUCGCAGGACUCACACCGGAGAGAAACCGUAUGCAUGUGACGAAUGCGACGCCCGCUUCACCCAGAAACACAUGCUGUCCUAUCAUAAGAGGUCGCACACAGGAGAAAAACCCUUCAUGUGUGAGGCCUGCGGUAAAAGCUUUGCUUCCAAAGAAUACCUGAAGCACCAUUCAAACAUCCACACGGGAUUCAAACCCUACAAGUGUGUGCACUGUGGUCGAGGCUUCGCCCAGAGAAACUCCCUCAACCAGCAUUUGAAAAUACACACAGGUGAGCGACCGUACUGCUGUAAAGACUGCGAUAAAAAGUUCACCCAGCUGAACGCGCUCCAAAGGCACCAGCGCAUCCACACGGGAGAGAAGCCCUAUAUGUGCGGCCUCUGUAAGCGCACCUUCACAGAUAAAUCCACCUUUCGGAGACACACUUUGGUCCACGAUACGGACUCUCCGUGGAAGACCUACCUGGUGCAGCUGGAGGGAAACCUGGAGGAGAGGAAGCCCAGAUCUUUCAAAGGGGAGAAGGCAGAAAAGGUUGAGCCCGGAGAGAAAAAGAGCACGCCCAGGAAAAGUCCCGCUGCUCCAAGUCCUGCUCCUGUCGCCGGUUCCACCAGUUCUGCCAGCAGCGCUGACAAAAUGCAGUUGGAUUCCAUCGUAGUUCCGGCGGAACCGGUCACUCUCCCCUCUGAUUGGACCAGCCAUGGAACCAUUGCUCUGGUCAGCCACGGGGACCUGGAAGGCAUCACGGUCAUCCACACCGCCGUUCCAGCGGGAAUGCAACUCCAGCCCAUAGUGACGAGUGACGGCACAGGAGGCAGCCUCAUCUCCUUGGAGGGUUCUGGCAUCCCGCUGCCCUUCUCCAUCCCAGUGUCCGUGAAGCAUCCCGUGUCUCUGACCUCCACCGCCCCUUCCGCCCCCCUGUCUGUCGCCACGAUCUCGGGUCCCGUUUCCGAAGCUCUGCUUCAGUCGGUCACGGACGUCCAGACCGGGUCCACGUCGUCUGCGCCGGACUCUACGCCCCCCGCUCCAUCCGCAGCGGCGGGGAACCAGCACAGGUCAAGCGUCACGAGUUUGGGCAGCGACGUGCAGGUCGUGAUCGUCGGCGACGAGGCUUGUGGAAAUGAAAAGUCCGGUGUUCAGAGUGACGCCGAGGAACUCUGAACGGAGACGUCCAAAGGGUUUGAAGGCCGCUCUGAUCAGGCCUUUUAUCACAGACGUUCAAAUCGUGUUUUCAGUUCACCAAAUCAACCCAAAGCCCCUGAACGCCUCACCAGCUUUAGCGCUAAUCCUAGUGAGUGAAUUAAAUGAUUCUUUGGUCCCAUUAAUGUUUAGAAAAAACCCUGACAGUUAUUUCCAUCAGCUUUGAGUCAUAACUGUAAUCACGAGUUUAUUCUUAACCUUUCGUCGCCUCAUUUUCUUUAUUAUUUCAAUAAUUAGUAUUUUAAAAAUCAAUGUCCCAAAGUUUAACUCAUUCCAGAAUCAUGUUAUAUUUAAAUUGUAAUCACCAUGUUUGGCUGACUGAAGGAUGUAUUUAUUGUGAUAAACAUGAUGACAGACCUUUAUAGUAAAUUCCGAUAGACGACGGUGAUCCAGCAUUCCCUACAAUACUGUACGCUCAGUCUGGUCUGACUGAAUAAUUUUACAAGCUGAUCUAUGAAGCCACCUUCAAAAUAAUAAAAAAAUUAUUUAUCAAGCAAA